GCGAGUCUUGCCACAUUCAGCUGAUUCCAUUCACAGAACCCUAAGUCUGUGUGUAGACCUUCGGCUCAGAGCGAAAAAAGGCCGCUCACACUCUGGUCCAUGUACCAAGAAUCAACCUUGAGCCCCACGCCCUCCGACCUUUAGCCAUGGAUGUGGACCAGCGAACCUGCCGUACCAACACGGAAGAAGAGGAGAAGGCCCAUUUCAAGCGAAUCCUCAAUGCCCUUCAGGCUUACAAGAACGACUCAAUGACCCGACUAAGUCGGACCCGUCAUCAUUUUAGUCAACUCCCCGCCCAUCAACACGCCCUGCUCACCCAAUUAGCCUACCCAUCUCAGCUCGACCGUUUGGCCGAGUUGAUCGAUCAAAACCAUCAGGUCAUCACGGAGAUGAUUGCGGAUGCGGCGUCCAUGUUCUUAAAUGUGGAUCCUGAUCCGGAGCUGGUCCCCAGGGGGAAAUCUUCGCAGGUAUCCACUCGUCCCGAAGAUAUCGAGAAGAUUCACUCCACAUUGAAGCAGUUCGCGCGGGAUUGGAGCCAGGAAGGGGCUAAGGAGCGACAACAGGCCUAUAUGCCCAUCAUUGAAGAGCUCCAAGAGGCCUUUCCCGAGAAGCGCGGGGUCAAGAUCUUGGUGCCUGGCGCUGGGCUGGGUCGUCUAGCCUUUGAUAUUGCGCAAGCUGGCUUCGACUGUCAAGGCAACGAGUUCAGCUUGUUCAUGCUGUUCGCCUCCAAUUUUGUGUUGAACAAAUGCCGAACCGUGGAGUGCUACACCAUUUACCCGUGGAUCCAUAAUUUCACCAAUAACAUGAGCAUGCAAGACAUGGGUCAGGCCGUGAGCUUUCCGGAUGUGAACCCCAAUGAAAUCCCCGAUGAAGUGAACUUCUCCAUGACGGCUGGGGACUUUUUGGACGUGUACAGCGACCCUGAAUAUCGAGAGAGUCAAGAUUGCGUGGCCACGUGCUUUUUCUUGGACUGUGCCAACAACAUUCUCGAUUUUAUUGAGCUCAUUCACAAGAUCCUGAAGCCCGGGGGACGGUGGAUCAACCUUGGACCACUUUUGUACCAUUUCUCGGACAUUCCCGGCGAGUUCAGUAUUGAGCCCAGUUAUGAUAUCGUCAAAGGAGCCAUUCAAAGCUCGGGAUUCGAGUUUCUCAAGGAGAAAACCGGCGUCAAGGCCAAUUACACUCAAAACGUCCAAUCCAUGUUACAGUAUGAAUACAGAUGUGUCUUUUU